AUGGCUACCGUUGAACCGACCAGACGGACCUGGUACCGAACAACCCUCUUCAAUGCCUUUGUCAUUGGAGCCGUCGGCUUCUUGGCCCCCGGCCUCUGGAACGCCAUGAACCAGCUUGGCGCCGGCGGUGCCCAGGAGCCAUAUCUCGUCAAUGCUGCCAACGCUCUUGUCUUUGGCCUGAUGGGUAUUACUUGCUUGCUUGGCGGCCCGCUAGCUAACCGUAUCGGAUUUGCUUGGACGCUGUUUCUCGGCGCUGUUGGCUAUCCCAUCUACUCGGCUGGCUUAUACUGCAACAACCGAUUCGGCAAUGUGUGGCUGGUGCUCGUGGGAUCCGUUGCCUGCGGUGUCUCGGCAGGUCUUUUCUGGGCAGCCGAGGGUGCAGUAGCCAUUGGAUAUCCGGAGCCGUCUAAGCGCGGCCGUUACCUCAACAUCUGGCUGUGGUUCCGAGUCGGCGGCCCGCUAGUGGGUGGUUUGAUCGUCUUGAUCCUCAACCAUAGCGCUGAAGCAAAGAAGAAGGGCAAGGUCGAUUCGCAGACGUAUCUCAUCUUUAUUGCCCUCCAGUGCAUUGCUGCGCCUGUAGCUCUGCUGCUCUCGCCGCCAGCCAAGGUCCAGCGAGCCGAUGGCAGCAAGAUUAUCAUCAACGCACAGCCAAGUUUCAAAGGCGAGUUCAAGGCCCUGUGGAAUGUCUGCAAGCGCAAGGAUAUUCUGAUCCUUCUUCCUCUAUUCUGGGCGGCAUACUUUAACCAGUACAGCGGCAACUUCCAGACAUACUACUUUGGCGUCCGAGCCCGCGCGCUGAUUGGCUUUGUGAGCAACUUUGGCACACUUCUUUCGUCACAGCUGAUGAGUACGCUGCUCGACUACAAGAAGGUAUCUGUCAAGCGCCGCUUGGAGCUUGGUUUCUGGUAUAUUGUCUUCUUGCACGUCUUGGCUUGGACCUAUGGCUGGGUAAUUCAAGAAAAGUACACCGCCAAACCGCCAUCGUGGGACUGGGAGGAUGCUCGCGGCUUUGUCGAGGGUUUCUUUGUUCUGCUGCUUUGGGAUUUUGCUCGCCAGGCUCUGCAGAACUGGCUAUACUACUUCCUCGCUACCAAGACGACUGAUAUUGCUGAAAUUACCCGCUUCUCUGGUAUUCUCCGCGGCCAGGAGAGUUUCUCACAGGCCAUCAGCUACGGCAUUAACACGCGACAGUGGUACGGUGGACGAGUGCCUCUUGCAGUCAACACCAUCUUGCUGGUGCUCGCAUCCGUCCCGACAUAUCUUGCAUUGAAGCAGCACACGCCUGUUGAGAUUGAAGAAAAAGUUCCAGGUUCGGAUGGAGAAUCUGCCGAAAAUGUACAAGUCGCAAUUUCCGAAAAGCAAUAG